AUAUAUAUAUGUAGCUUACAAAUUAAAACGAGAAAAAAAAUCAUCUUCUUCAUUUUAUUAAGAUUUUUCUGUGACAUCGGUUUGAUUCAACCAUAUGGUGAGCUCAUUUUCCUCUUGUUUAUGUACAAGUUUGAUUUUCCCUUGUUUUACAAGAUUCAGGACAUGCAAGUGAUUGUAGAGACACUCGGUGAACGUGAACAAUCAUAUGAUGAAUUUACAGCAAGUCUCCCAGCUGAUGACUGUCGAUACGCCAUUUUUGAUUUUAAUUUUGUCGCAGGAGAGAGCAAGACUUGCUUCAUCGCAUGGUCUCCGAAAACUGCCAGAAUUAGAACCAAGAUGAUUUACGCGAGCUCUAACGAUAGGUUCAAGAGAGAACUCGAAGGGAUUCAAGUGGAGGUUCAUGCAACCGACCUAACUGAGAUGAGUCUUGAUGGUAUCAGGCGCUACAUCAACUAAAAAAAUAAAAACCUUGCAUGGGCCUAGAAUAAAACUUGUUUAUGGAGUGAUAUGUUUCCUAUGUCUGUUAUAAAAACUUUUAACAUGAUUUAUCUACAUGAUUAUGGAUUCAAGACUUGUCUCAAUACCUAAAUUUUUAA